AUGACUGAAGAAGAGCAUUUUGAUGCAUCUGCAUCAGCAUCCGAGCCGGUUGGAUAUCCCGGAGGACCAUAUGAUACGUCUCUGUUAGUUAAAUACGAACAGCAUGUUGCAUACCGUAUAUGGUUCGGUGAGGAGAGAGGGUCGAAGAAAGAGUUAAAGGUGGCGGGACAUGGGUUAAAGUUGACUAAGAGGGUUCCACUACAGUUACCCAGAGAGAUGGAGAGCUGGAUAUCUAGGUCUGGUCUAGCUUCACUUCAGAUAACCAGUUUAACAAAGAUAGACACAAACCUAGUUUCCGCUUUUGCAGAGAGGUGGCGUCUAGAGACAUCCUCAUUUCACAUGCCGUUUAGUGAGAUGACGAUUACUCUAGAUGACGUAUCUUGCCUGCUUCACUUGCCCAUCAGGGGAGUCUUCUAG